AAAAGUAUUAUUGUUUAAAAGCAGCGCCAUUAAAAUUGUCAAAAUCACAAUUUGUCAAAAACCAUAUGUGUUUGGUAAACAUUUAUAACAAAGCUGACAGCUUACUUGAUUUAUUAAUAGUGUUAAUAGAAAAUUGCAGUAAUGAUGAUGGAAGAAGUUAAAAAGACCUUACAGGAAAUGAUGCAGAAAAUUCAAGGCCUCUAUUGUAUUCUAAUUACCGACAGAGAUGGAGUUCCCUUAGUUAAAGUGGGCUCGGAAAAAACACCAGAAAAUGCCCUACGACCCAACUUCAUUUCUACAUUUGGGCUAGCAAUUGAUCAAGGAAGUAAACUGGGACUAGGAAAGACUGGGACAUUGAUAUGUUCAUAUUCACAGUAUCAAGUUAUUCAAAUGAACAAACUACCACUUAUUGUUACUUUUAUUACAAGUGAUACAUGUAAUACUGGACAUGUAUUAGCACUUCAGAAUCAAAUUAAUCCUAUUGUAUCAGUACUCACUUUGGCAGUAGGAGAAUCAUAAAUAAAAAAUAAUUUUAUAUUAAUGUUAAAUAAGUCUAUUCACAAAUUAGUUAUACUUUUAUAUCAUUUAUAAACAUUGUAAAAUAAAUAUAUUUGGAAUAUUA